AAAAUCUCUGCGCGGCGAAGCAAAGGGGAAGGAUAUCAGCCGGUGAGUUUAUGACUUUGUAAUAAAGCAAGAAGUGACACACCCCUAGGUAGGAAACUAUGGACAGUACUAGCGGCGUUACUCCUCUAUUCCAAUCAAGUACGACUACGCCCCUUUACUUAACCACUCGCUCGGUGAAGGCGAACUAUAGUUCCUCUAACGACUAUCGGUAUUCCAGCGGUUUGGUCCCGCGACGACGGAAACGAAAGACGUUACAUCGUUCGCUCAGGAUUCUCGACAUGGAAGAACGUAAUGGGCCUCCACGGAGAGAAAUCAACGCCAAAGACGCUCUGGCGGUAAACUUAUGGAUCCUCAGACGAUACGGAGCGUGGGCGGCGGACAUCGGCAGCUCGGUACUCAGAAUUCUCUACAACGUCUACGGAGCGGCAAUGAUAACGGUGGUGACCGUCACGUAUUAUUCGACGGAGUUGGUGUACUUGUAUCUGAUUUGGGGUAACCUGGAAGCCAUUACGGAGGUUUCAUUUUUGCUCCUAACGCACCUAGCGACCGCGGUAAAGCUCGCUAAUUUCCUGAUACGUCGCGAACGCGUUGAAAAAUUGGUGUCGGAUACGUGCCAAGAGAAAUUUCUACCAAAGGACACGAAGCAUUACGAUAUUCUGAGAACGACCGUGCGGAAAGCGAACAAGGAAAAUAUCGUCUUUAAUCUGAUGUGCAUUUCCACGGUAAUGGCAUGGGCGAUCGUACCGCUAGUCGAAAACAACAAGGUGGUCCGCCGGCUACCUCUGAAAACGUGGUUUCCAUUUUCCACCGAUUCUACGCCCAUCUACGAACUGGUUUACGCCUACGAAAUAAUAGCUGUUCUGAUAAACGCCUGCAUGAACGCUAUGUUGGAUACCUUCGCUUCGGUCCUAAUGGCAGUGGCCGGUUGUCAGGUGGACGUGUUAUGCCUCAAUUUGACGUCUUUGGAUCGCUCGAGCGACAAUAUUCGCUCGGCAAAGGAGAGGCGGCUCAAAGGGUUGAUCGAAGGUGAAUCGAACAACGUUAUCGCCACGCUUUCAGUGGCUAAGAACAGAGUGGGAAAUGAGCUAGAGAAACGAAAAGAGCGUCUUCCCGUAGCGAAGGAAUUUCCCCUCGCUCGAGACGACGAUCUUUUGCACCGUCGUAUAGCCGGGUGCAUAGAACACCACGGUAGUAUACUGAGAUUCGGUAAGGAAAUUCAAGACGUAUUCGGUAUCGGAAUUCUCAUACAGUUCGCCGUUAGCAGUACCAUACUUUGCCUCACGUGUUUCGAGUUGACUUUGAUAUCGGCGACAAGCUUACAGUUUUAUUCCAUGCUGCUGUACCAGGGAUGUAUGUUGUUCCAGAUAUACUGUUACUGCUGGCACGGUAACGAGCUGAAAGUCAAGACAUCGCAAUUAACGACGGCGGCUUUUAACUGCACUUGGAUAACCAGUUCCCCAAAAUUUAAAAGCAGCUUACGAAUAGUGAUGUGUCGAGUGCAGCGUCCCAUGCAGUUGAUGGUCGGUGGAUUUUUCAGUCUUUCUCUUGAAACUUUUUCAAUGAUCCUUCGUACCGCGUACUCGUUUUACGCGGUCCUCCAGCGGGUCCACAGCAACGGUACGAACUAAACGAAGGAAGAAACCACCGUACAAACCGGCCGAUCGACCAACUUACAGCCGAGAGAAAAUUUUCGAAGAACUCGAUGAACAUCGCGCGACUCUUUCCCGGACCGCUCGCCCUCAGUUUCUCAAGUUUACACAGUUUACAAUAAGGGCGCGAGAAUAUCCACGCAGAGUAGACCCCGAAACUCGAUCCCCCGCUAGACUUUGUUCUGCGAGAAAGUGAAUAUAGCUUUGGUUAUUAAGACCCUCUUCAAAGACGGCUUUCGACUUUGAAAGCUGAGCGAUUUCGCACUGUUUUUCGUAUAUCAUAGAGUGAAUAAUUUUGUUGGUCGUUUUUUUUUAUUUUGUUUUGUUUUUUUUUGUUCCCUCCAUGUUUUCUCUUUCACCGCCGUUGAAUUAUUAUCAUCUCGAACUUCGCCUCUCGAAUAUUUGAAUCGUGAUUUAUGUAUUAAUUCUGAUAUUGUUUUGUUUGUUUUUUUCUCCUUUUUCUUUUUGUUUCUACCUCGGAUUUCACGCAAUAAUAAUCUUUCAUUUGAUUAAACCUCAUCCGCCCGGACCGCUUCCGAAGGUCUCCGACAAUUACUUUUCAUUAUUUUUAAUAAUCUUUGAGGAAUAUAUUUCAGUUUCUGUAAUUCUUUUCUUUCUUAAAACAUGUCCACCACCUAUAUGUAUCGUAAUCACCGCCUACUAAUUACGUUACGUUGUAAUUAUCACUGACUAAUUCGAGGAAUAAACGUUGUGCAGAAUGAGAAAAUGUAUAGCCGAUUAUUUGGAAAGUAUAUAAGUAUCCGAGGGCCUAAGAUUAUUAAUUCUAACACAUUUCUUCGAACUCGGUUUUUCGACGUCUGAAAACUAUCGGUGAAAUCGUGCCGAGAAAAUGAAAA